GUGGAUCGCACAGAGAAGUCAUCCGGCAGGGUGUAUAGAGGCAAACUGACCUUUGUGGAUUUGGCGGGCUCUGAAGACAACCGGAGGACCGGGAAUAUGGGCGAUCGCAUGCGGGAAAGCGGCAACAUCAACAAGUCACUGCUGGCGCUGAACAACCUCGUCACACAGCUCAACAAGAAGG